GUAAAUACACUAACCCUGAGAUUCUCGGAGUACGUUUUUAGGGCGGGGAACAUUUUAAUGAGCGAGUCUGCUCUACAAGACAGGCAAGUUUCAACAGUCGGAACAGCUCAAUCUUAGGCUGACUGGUGGAGCUCGUCCUCGUCCGAUACAAUUUUCCUCAGAACCUGUAGCCUACGUUCAACUGACAUCAUGCAUGUGGUCAAACAGAUCUUGGGAGGCGUUGUGAGUGUUGUUGGUGGUAUUGAUCCUUCCCAAUUUGCUCCUUCUGCUCCACCUCCUGUUCGAAGACCCAUGACACAUGCUCAGGUUAAAUCAAAUGAGAGUGACGAGGAGAGGCAGUUCCGCAAAGUUUUCCAGCAGCUUGCUGGAGAUGACAUGGAAGUAAGCCCUAAUGAGCUGAUGUCUAUUCUCAACAAGAUUUUGACCAAACAUGCUGAUCUUAAGACGGAUGGUUUCUCAAUUGAGUCUUGCAGGAGCAUGGUGGCAGUAAUGGAUAGCGACAGCUCUGGAAAAUUGGGCUUUGCAGAAUUCAAACACCUGUGGGACAAUAUCAAGAGAUGGCAGGGCGUCUAUAGGCAGUAUGAUUCAGAUCGCUCUGGGACGAUUGGACCCAAUGAGCUGCCAGGUGCUUUCAGGGCAGCAGGCUUUCCUCUACCUGAUCAGAUCUACCAGUUGAUUAUUCGCAGGUACAGUGAUGACAAUGGCAAUAUGGACUUUGACAAUUAUAUUGGGUGCCUGGUACGACUGGAUGCAAUGUGCAAUGCUUUCAAGACGCUUGACAAGGACAAUAAUGGUAUUGUCAAAGUCAACAUUAAGGAGUGGCUGCAGCUGACUAUGUACUCUUAAGGAAAGAUGAAUUUCCAUCAUCUGCCUUCAGCAUUGAACUUUCGACUACAAAAAAUUGGUCUAGAUUUUUUUU